AUGACGGAAGGUUUAAAGUUAAUUGUCAUCGAGCUGAACAAGCUGCUCGAGACGGAUUACAAUCUGAUAAGUUUCGACUCGUUGUCGCCGGAAUCGCUGCUGCAGGUGCUGGUGGAUGUGUUCCACGCGUUCGGUGCCAUCGACAAGCUGGACGUGCGCGAGAACGAUCCGGAGGAAACGAAUGCGCUCGUAAUGGAGGCGCUGCGGAAGGUGCAGUACCGGCCGGCGGAAGACAUCGACGAUCCGGGUGCGUUCCGGCGGGGUAUGGUGCGGGGCGAGAAGAAGCUCAUCCAUCCGAUCCUUCGCUGGAUGUUUGAGCACCGUGAGCGGGUUAAGAAGGCCGCAUACCUGGCAAAAUUUUUAAUUCCGCUGGACCUACCGCCGGAGGCGAUGUCGAUGCCGGAACUGGGCAGCCUUUGGGCGCAAUAUCUGGAGACGAUGAACGACUUCAAGGAUGCUCACCGGGCGUACGAACAGUCCGUGCACGAGGGCACCCAGACGCGCGAACUUCGCAAUGACAUUAGUGCGAUCGAGACGGAGAUCGAAAAUGUGAAAAAGCGUAUCGAACGCACCCAGGCCCGGCUGGAUAAGGUGCCCCAGCAGGAGCUACUGCUCGAGGCGGCCAACAGCUUGCGCAUCGAGAAGGAGCGCCAGAAGGAGCUGCUGCAGCAGAUCGACGAGCAGAAGCAGGGCCUUAAUCGUGCAAACCUGAUGCACGAACGGCUGCAGAAAGAUUUGCACAACGCGAAGAUGUCCGUCCAGGGUGCGACUCCUCAGAAUCUGAUGGAAAGCAUCAUCGAGGAAACGCAGGUGCUGGAGUUUAUGGUGCAGCAAAAGUUGCCCCAGGAGUUGAACCAGCGUCGGUCCGAGGUGCAGACACUGCAGGAGGUGAUUGACGAGCCGAACAUAAGCCGUGGUGAUCUGCAGGACUUGCAGCAGAAGAUAGACGAGAUGAGUCGCGAAAUUCAGCGCUUGGUUGAGGUGCGGCUAGCUGAGUACAGCACCCAGAACGAUACGCUCGGCCCAUUCCGGCAGCAAGCGGCGAUGGUGGCCCGCAACAAGGAGGCGGCCGCCGAGCAGCUCGAUCAGAUGACGAAAGAGUUGCGUGAGGUAGAGCGCCAGCUGCAGGACCGACAACGUCAGCUACAGGAAACCGUUGGCGAGGUAAUACUGCGUGGCGAAGAUCUGAAGCAGUUCGUCAACACACUGCGCGCCAAAAGCAAUGUGUACAAGCAGCAGCGUGCCGAGCUGGCCGCCGUCAAGGCGGAAGUUAACGAUUUGACGCAAACGCUGGAGAACCUAAAAUCGCAGGACCCAUCCCUUUCGACGGCACUGUCCCAAAUGUCGGACGAUGAAGUGUCUUCGCUGGGGCUGAGUGGUGCCGGGUUGGAUGGGGUCGGAGAUGUGGUUGAGGGAGAGGGUGGUCGCCGCUCGGAAUCACCCAUCAACGGGCGGGGUAUGACGGAGCUGGCGCGGCUCGUCGAUGGCCUUCAAAGGGCGGUCGGGGCCGCACGUGAACGCGUCACGCCACUUUCGCAGCAGCUACGGCCACUGCGGGAACGUGUCAUCGAGCUGAAAGACGAAAUGGACUCCAAAAAGCAGACCUACGACGCACUGAUCGCCACGCUCAAUGCCGAAUCUGCCACGAUGCAGACGAAGAUCACGGAAACGGAGCGCGCCAUACGCAAGCUCGAGCAGGAGUGGCAAGAGCUGCAGCUGGAGCACGAACGUUCGCAGCUACUGCUGGAAAAGGCCAACGAAGAAAUGUCCAACACCGGCAGUGGGGAGCGUGUUUCGCUCAAGGAAACACUAUCGCAACAGAUACUCGAACAGGAAACGGCAAUAAAACGGCUGUCGGAGGAAAGAACGACGCUGCUCGCGAGCAAGACCGACCGUGCCCAGCAGCUGGAAAUGUGGACCGAUUUGCGAAAAUUGUUUGAGGUGAAAAUUCGUUGCCUGCACGAGCGAAAGCAGCGCGGUCCGGGUGGUACGCUUUCCGUCAGCCGUGGUGGAGCGGAAACGUUUACUUUGCAGUGA